CUCCCAGUCUGAAGCAACUUCGAGCCUGCGUGAAAAGUUAAAGAUUUCACCCCACUAAGUUUUCCCAACUACUCAAGUCAACUAAAUUUUGUUUUAUACAAAUAACCAUAAUUUUCCAUAAAUAAAUAUGCGCUAAGUGUUUCAAACCAAAUUUGUAUGCGUCGUCGUAAGUGAAGUCAUAAAACGGAAUCAAAGUUUCAGCAUGUAAAAAUAAGUGAAACAAAGUAAGGGAAGAAACGAAACGAGUUGAAUUAGUAAGAAACUUUAUUGUGAUUUCAUAAAUAAUAACUUAGCGCCCGCGAAGAACAAAAAUAAAUAAAAGCCAAAAAGGGGGAGGAAAUCGUAAAAAAAACGAAGAAGAAGAAGAAGAAACGAAAAGUAAACAAAUUGUUAUAUAAGAAACGAAAAAUAAAACAACAACUACAACUAAUAAAUAAAAUGUUACACGAACCACAAGUCAAACGAAAAAUGUCGAAAGGGAGCUGCCACAAUGCCAACAGCGGCUUCACAGCCGUCGCAGCGACGCAAGUCUUCCUCGUACUGACGCUGUUCGUGAUUGGGAAUCUAAGUGCCUGGCAGGAGAAUGUGCGGCCGAAACUUUAUGUGGAAUUAGGUCCUGAAGAUGUGCUGAAAUUUCUCGGAAACGAAAGUGUCGUGGAUCAUUUUAAGCUUGUCACAAAGGAUGGCAACAGUCUGCUGGUCGGUGCCAGAAAUAUCGUGUUCAAUCUGAGCAUACACGAUCUAACGGAACAGCAGCGCUUGGUGUGGCAAUCUACCGAGGAUGACGUCAAGAUGUGUAUUAUUAAAGGCAAGGCCGAGGAGGCAUGUCAAAAUUACAUUCGCAUCAUGGUGGUGACGUCGCCGGGUCGUUUAUUUAUAUGUGGCACCAAUUCAUUUCGGCCCAUGUGCAAUACAUACAUAAUCAACGACAAUAACUAUACCCAAGAGGCGAGCAAAAGCGGCCAAGCGGUAUGUCCCUACGAUCCGCAUCACAAUUCAACGUCAGUAUUUGCUGAUAACGAGCUAUACUCUGGCACUGUGGCCGAUUUCAGCGGCAGUGAUCCGAUUAUCUAUCGUGAGCCUCUACAGACGGAGCAAUACGACAGCCUAAGCCUCAAUGCGCCAAAUUUUGUUAGCUCUUUUACACAAGGCGACUUCGUGUAUUUUUUCUUUAGAGAAACGGCUGUGGAGUAUAUAAAUUGCGGAAAAGCAAUUUACUCACGCGUGGCGCGUGUCUGCAAAUGGGACAAGGGUGGGCCGCAUCGUUUUCGCAAUCGCUGGACAUCAUUCCUGAAAUCGCGCCUCAACUGCUCAAUACCAGGCGAAUAUCCAUUCUAUUUCAAUGAGAUACAAUCGGCCAGCAAUCUCGUCGAAGGACACUAUGGCCACACAAGCGCCAAAUUGAUUUAUGGCGUUUUUAAUACGCCAACAAAUUCAAUUCCCGGCUCAGCAGUUUGUGCAUUUUCAUUGCAGAAAAUUGCCGACACAUUCGAGGGCAACUUUAAGGAGCAGAGCAGCAUUAACUCAAAUUGGUUGCCUGUCAAUAAUGCCAAGGUACCCGAACCGCGUCCUGGUUCCUGCCACAAUGAUUCACGUACACUGCCGGAACCAACGCUGAAUUUCAUCAAAACACAUUCGCUAAUGGAUGAGAACGUGCCGGCGUUUUUCGGUCAGCCAAUUUUGGUCAGAACGAGCACAAUUUAUCGUUUCACACAAAUCGCUGUGGAUGCACAGAUAAAGACGCCUGGCGGGAAGACCUAUGAUGUGAUAUUCAUUGGCACAGAUCAUGGCAAAAUUAUAAAAUCCGUCAAUGCCGAGUCUGCUGACUCCGAUGCGAAGGUAUCUUCGGUGGUGAUUGAGGAAAUCGAUGUGCUGCCAAAGAGUGAACCCAUCAGAAAUCUGGAAAUUGUGCGCACAAUGCAAUAUGAUCAACCAAAGGAUGGCAGUUACGACGACGGAAAAUUAAUCAUUGUCACCGAUAGCCAAGUGAUUGCAAUACAAUUGCAUCGCUGUCAUGAUGACAAAAUCACCAGCUGUAGUGAAUGUGUGGCGCUGCAGGAUCCAUACUGUGCUUGGGAUAAAAUUGCUGGCAAAUGUCGUUCGCAUGGUGCGCCACGUUGGCUGGAAGAGAAUUAUUUCUAUCAGAAUGUUGCAACUGGGCAACAUGCGGCAUGCCCAUCAGGUAAAAUCAAUUCCAAAGAUGCGAAUGUGGGCGAACAAAAAGGCUAUCGUGACGAUAUGGACUUAUUGGAUUCGCGACGCCAAGGCAAGGAUCAAGAAAUCAUCAAUAUUAUGGGUGAUAAGAAUUUCGAAGGUCCACAAAUUUCAGCAGAUAUUAUCAAUGCGCAGUAUACCGUCGAAACGCUGGUUAUGGCCGUCUUAGCUGGCUCAAUUUUCUCCCUUCUAGUGGGCUUCUUUACAGGCUACUUCUGUGGCCGUCGCUGUCAUAAAGAUGAGGAUGACAAUCUGCCAUAUCCCGAUACGGAGUAUGAGUACUUUGAACAGCGUCAAAAUAUAAAUCGCAUUCAAGCCGAGCCCAAGCUGCUACCUCAAGUGGAGGAGGUGACGUACGCCGAACCGGUGCUGUUGCCACAGCCGCCACCACAAAAUAAAAUCCAACACUCGCCGAAAAGUACGCUACGUAAGCCCAUGCAUCAUCAUGGACCCAACUCAGAAACGCUCUUCCAGUUCCAGCCUGAUGGCUAUAAUACUCAACAGACAUAUCGCGGUCGCGACAAUUUUGGCACGCUGCGAUCGCAUCAGGUGAUGGGUGAUAAUUAUCGUCGGGGCGAUGGCUUUUCGACAACUCGCAGCGUCAAGAAGGCUGUAAACACAAAUACACGUAACAGAAGUCUUGGUCGUUUAAGAAGGCAGCCGCCCCGUCAUGGUAUUGUAACUCAGCACCGUUCGAAUAGUCCAGCACAACACUCCAGUUCCGGCUCAUCGCCGGUGAUGUCAAAUAGUAGUUCUAGUCCAGCGCCACCUUCCAGCAGUCCUAGUCCGCAGGAGAGCCCCAAGAAUUGUAGUUACAUUUACCGUGAUUGAUUGAUAUGUAAUACCAAAUCGAUGCCACUAAUCAAAUCAGCAGCAGCAGCUGCAGGAGCAGCAGUAGUGACCACAAUAGCCGUAACACAGCAAGCAAAAACUACAACAACCGCCACAAUAGCAGCAAGUGUCAAGGGAGCAAUAAGAGCAACCACAACAACAGCAGCAGCAACAGCAACAGCAACGGCCACAGCCACGCGCACCACGUCCGGCAAAGUGCGCACAACACUCGCCAAAUCCGUACCAGUUACACCAGUACAACCAAAAUCACCAGCUACACACUUCAUAUCAUCAUCGCCCGAAUGGGAUGGCGUUGAUGAUGGCGCAACAACGCAGGAGGACCACUAUAACAACUGCAGCGAUUAUCUGCCACAUUCGUAUCCCAAUUAUACCUUCGAUCUCUCCGAGGACGACUCAAAUGAGAUUGACGAUGAAUUGGAGUUAGACGACUCAUCGCUAGCGAUGAUAACACCGCCACCACCCUACGUCGACACGCCACUACAAUAUGCACGCGCGCCACCACCGCCGCCGCACGCACAGCGUACAAGACGCGCUGCCACAGCGCCACCGCCGCCGACACGUAAGAAGCUCUUUCAAAAUCGCGAAAUAUUCAAUAUAAAUACGCCGACGAUUACGCCAAGCAGCAGCAGCUUUGCCAGCGCAAUAACGCCGACAAAAUUGAGCGCAGCAGCGGCGGCUAUGUUUGCGGCCCCACAAAUGGCACAGCUAAAUAAGAAAUGGACGCAGUUGCAUCGCAAGCGGCGACGACGGAAUAGCAGUUCGGGUGAUUCAAAAGAGUUGGAUAAAUUGGUGUUACAAUCGGUCGAUUGGGAUGAAAAUGAUAUAUAUUGAGGGAUGUGGAGAGGAGUUACGGCGCCGGUAAAUGGCUGAGCGGCAACGGCAAUGGCAAUGGCGUUGGCGAUGUUGACGGCGUGGCUGCUGCUUAAGCGCUUUGCUUGCAUGGCUAAGCGUGGCGAAACUCUUUCAUAUACAUACAUACACUUUGCGUUUCUUGGCUUAAUCGUAGAUUUACUUUUUCCAUUCGAAAUACAUAUACAUAUAUAACUACAAGUACAUGCAUAUACAUAAUAGUAAUACAUACUUAUAUACUCGUAAUUUAAAUGCAUACAGCAGAAAGAAAGAAAGCAGCAAGUAUGUACGUAGUUACAUAAAAUAUAGUAUAAGAACGCGCGAUUAGGUAACAAUAAUAGUACAGCAGAAAGCAACAACAAUACUGAAACAUUUAAUCACUUAUGUAGAAAGCGUACAUAUGGAGCUGCGUUAAAAGCAAUGUGGAACAAAUUUGAGACUUGCGAAAAGUAAGCAUUAAAUAAAAAGACAAAAGUAUAACUUUUUUUCAAUAUGAGUAUACAUGCAUACAUACAUACAUACUAAACUUCAUACACAAUAGAUACUAUCGACUGACAGCAUUCGAGUAUAACUAUCAACACAAAUGCAAACCCGACUGUGCGGUAUUCCAUGUCCUAAAUAGACUGCAUGUAAAUGAUUUUUAAUUUUUUUAUUUUUUUAUAUAUGUAAUAUGCAUAGAAGAAUUAUGUAAAUACGAAUGUAUACAAAAUGUUCAUACCUUUAGUAUAACGCAAUUAAGCAAUUGUACGAGUAAGUGAAUUUAGCCGGUUCGAAAAUUUCGAAUUUUAUUAAUUAUUUUGCAAUUUUUUUAGUUAAGAGUCGUAGCUAAUAAACAGUCGUUUAAAUAUUUUUCAUAAGUUUGCAAAUUAUGUUCAUAAUUCAUCAAAAGUUGCGCUCAUUAAAAGAUAUACAUAUGUAUUCUUUUUGCAAUAAAUCCGCAAUUUUAUACAUACACGCAUGCAUGUACACGUACAGGGACUCCAACAACAAAGUUUCUAAAUUUAUAAAAAAUUUGAAAUUUUUUUAUAUGUAUUUACAAUGUUUUUCAUGUAAAUUUUUUUGUUAAUCUUUAUAAAAAUAUUGUUCACACCUUCGCCAAAAUCAUACCAACCAAUAAUACAAACUAUAUACAAAAUUUAGAAAAAUUCAUUAUUUUCUUUAAUUUUUACAAAGUGUUUCAAGUAAAUUUUUUUUU